UGCCAUGGCUAGAAAGACGGACGUCCCCUCCUCGUACUACGGUGAGCCACGCAAGUUUGACCCGAACUUCAGAGGGCCGGUUCAUAAAAGGAGCUGCACUGAUGUGGUUUGCUGUGUUAUCUUCGUCAUUGUCAUCCUCGGCUACAUGGCUCUGGGUACCGUGGCCUGGAUCCAUGGGGACCCCAGGAAGGUCGUCUAUCCAACUGACAGCCACGGUCAGUUCUGUGGCCAGAAGAACUCACCCAAUACAAACAAAGCCAUAUUAUUCUACUUCAACAUGUUAAGAUGUGCCAAUCCUGCAGUUUUAAUUAACCUCCAGUGCCCUACAACCCAGCUCUGUGUCUCCAAGUGCCCUGACAGAUUUGCCACUCUCCUGGAUGCGUGGAAUACCAAAAACUGGGAAUAUUACAAGCAAUUCUGCAAGCCGGGCUUCAAGAUUGGCAGUAAGUCCACUAUACAGGUCAUACGAGAUGAAGACUGUCCAUCUAUGAUUGUGCCAAGCAGACCUUUCCUUCAGCGGUGCUUCCCAGAUUUCAUUACAAGAAAUGGAAUUUUAACUGUAGCCAACCAGACCAUCUUCAAAGACGGCGACAAUAACAAGAGAAGUGUCAAUGACCUCAAAGAUGCUGCCAAAGGUAUCGCCAAUCUGCUCAGUGCCAAAGAAGUUGGCAUGAAGAUCGUUGAGGAUUAUGCAAAUUCCUGGUACUGGAUCCUCAUUGGUCUGGUGAUAACCAUGGCAGUCAGUCUGCUCUUUAUCCUGCUGCUGCGCUACACUGCUUGUGUGCUCCUGUGGCUCAUUGUGUUAGGUGUCAUCACUGCUGUCGGCUACGGUAUCUGGCACUGCUACUGGGAGUACAGUUUUCUGAGUGGGAAGCCGGGAGCUAACGUCACCAUCUCUGACAUCGGCUUUCACACAGACUUCAGCGUUUACCUUCAUCUCAGCCAGACGUGGCUCGUCUUCAUGAUCGCUCUGGCAGUGAUUGAGGCCAUCGUUGUGAUUAUGCUGAUAUUUCUGAGGACGAGGCUGCGGAUCGCUGUUGCACUGCUAAAGGAGGGCAGCAAGGCGAUUGGCUACAUCAUGUCCACUCUCUUCUACCCUAUUAUCACCUUUUUCCUUCUGGCCAUCUGCAUCGCGUACUGGGCCGUCACAGCAGUCUUCUUGUCAUCAUCUGGUCAUGCCGUCUAUAAGGUUGCACCUGCUGACGAUAAAUGCAUGUAUGCCAACCUCACGUGCAGUCCAAAGACCUUCGAUCAGACCAACAUCACCAAAGUUUGCCCCGGGUCACAGUGCAUGUUCGCCUUCUAUGGUGGGGAGAGCGUGUACCACCGCUACAUCUUAGUUCUCCAUCUGUGCAACCUGUUUGUUUUCCUCUGGCUCGUCAACUUUACCAUCGCCCUGGGACAGUGCACCCUGGCUGGGGCCUUCGCUUCCUAUUACUGGGCCCUGAAGAAGCCUAAUGACAUCCCUGCCUGCCCCCUCUACUCCUCAUUUAGCAGAGCCAUACGUUAUCACACAGGUUCCCUCGCUUUUGGUUCCCUGAUUGUUGCCGUGGUGCAGAUGAUCCGAGUGGUCCUCGAGUAUCUGGAUAACAAACUGAAAGGUUCUCAAAACGCCUGCGCUCGUUACCUGCUCUGCUGCCUCAAAUGCUGCUUCUGGUGCCUGGAACAUUUCAUAAAGUUUAUAAACAGAAACGCGUACAUUAUGAUGGCAAUAUAUGGAAAGAACUUCUGCACCUCGUCCAAGGACGCUUUCUUCCUUUUGAUGAGGAAUGUUAUUCGGGUGGCUGUCCUGGAUAAGGUGACAGACUUCUUGCUCUUCUUGGGAAAGCUGCUCAUUACAGGAGGUGUUGGUGUUCUCGCAUUUUUCUUCUUCACACAUAAGAUACCAGCUAUUCAAGAAGAGGUGCCAUCCUUAAAUUACUACUGGGUUCCUGUUCUGACGGUGAUAUUUGGAUCCUACAUGAUUGCACACGGCUUUUUUAAUGUCUACGCCAUGUGCGUGGACACAUUGUUCCUGUGCUUUUGUGAAGACCUGGAGAGGAACGAUGGUUCUUCCUCCAGGCCCUACUACAUGUCUCCUGGCCUGCACAAGAUCCUGCGCAAAGGAGAGGAGGGUGCCAAAUCCCGCACUGCCUCCUGA